AUGCGGCCAAUGUGCAGUGAGCUGUCAUAUCGGGAGAACCAACCGUCGACACGACAGGCGAUAGGCGGUUUACUGAGCGUGGUCAUCAUAGGCAGCGAGCAGCCAUUUGUGACCAUGCUCGGCUCCGAUGAGAGUGUGAGUUUGUUGCUGGACUGUGGCCAAGCCGAGGAAACGUUCUACGUAGACGUGCAGGACGGUGUGAUGGAUAUGCCAAAAGACGGUGAGUUGUUUCGCCAGCUCGACACAUGGCUUGACCUGCAACGACGAUGGUGCCACGGACUCAACGAGGACGAAGACAACAAUGACGGUCUGUACAAGAACAGCGGUGGCCUGUACAGUAAGAUGUUGUACAAGGAGGGUCUGUCCAAAACAAGUUUGAUAGCGGAGGAGUUCGGGAUUCAGAAUGUAAACAGCGAGCCGCUGACUGCCAUCUUGGCCACCGGUCAGUCUGUGGGUCAGUCUGUGCACAAGCUCAUAUUUGGUGUGCAGGGUCAUGAAUGGUUUAGUGCGUACUCUGUGCACGUGCGGAGGAUGCCGCCGGCGCUGAACGCGAUCUUACGUCUCCCGACAGCACCCAACGGGCGUCCGCUGGCCCCAUCACCGGACCUGCAGCAAUGGAAGAAUGUCUGGCGUUUGUUCGCAAACAAAUCGCGGUUCCGACGUCGCGUUGCCUCCAUGAUCCACGACUUUGACCCAGUAGCAGAGGGGUACGAGACGAUGCAAUGUUGUUGCGAGUCAGAGGAAUGCAACCAGUGCAUGAAAGCACGUUACUCCAGACCCGGCGUUAGAGGCCAGUCGUACCGGCCACUCUUUCCACUAGCCGCUAACAGGUCGGUAGCCAAGAUCAUUGCCAACGGGUUACCCAGGGCGAACGGAUUACUCAGAGCUGCAAGAGCGUUUUUACGGUUGCUUUUGGACGAGGCGUGA